AUGGAAUCGAAAAGUAUCGACAGAGAAGCCGUCUUAAAAUCACUUGUCCUGAACAAUUCAACCACAGAUGGCCAGCCUAGAAAGAGAAAAAGACUUGACAAUUUAUCUGCCGAAGAAAGGGCUCUUCGAAGGUGGGCGAUCCUUUGUGAACGAAGCAGUGAAUAGAACCUUCUAUCAAGUGCGAUGUAUCUCGAAGAAGGUUUCUGUUUUUGUGUAGGGUCAAUGAAAUUUCAUUUUUGCGUUAUCUAGAAAACUGAAGAACCGAGUCGCAGCUCAAACUGCUCGUGACAGAAAGAAAGCACGAAUGACAGAACUAGAAGAACUGGUUGCGCAGUUAGAGAAAGAGGUAAUAGUCAAAAAAAAUCUUCCUAAGUCUUCCCUAUUUUUAAUCUUAAACUUCAUUAACCUGACUUAGCGAUAAACAGAUAAUUUCUCGCGAUUGAUAGAAAUUCACUCGAAUUUCAACUGAGAAACGUUUUGAUACACUUCCUUCGUUAGUUGUGUGAGUAGAACUGUUUUCAUUCUCCUCUGUUUCAUCGCAAGCGGUUGUGAAUUUUUAGUUUCGAAUCAGUGUUUCGUUUUUGUUUAAGUUGUCGUUGAAAGACUUUCGUUGAAGAAGUUGUUUUUAUGUCUUUCGCCACUAAAAUUAUCUCAAAAUGGAAGCGUAAUGCUUCUCGAUGUUGGCCCCUCUCGAGAUCAUUAUUGAUCGUAACUAAUAAUAAAUCUUUUGAACUCGGUAUAUUUUUCCAAUGUUAGAUUUUUUUAAUGCGUCAUCCACUCCGGGUAGGCGGAAGUUAUAAAGAAAAUGUACCAAAAGUUUUGUUUAUAUGAUUGUGCAAUGAUACACCAAGACCAGUAAAGUAGUUAUUCCUCAAUACAAUGCCUUGUUGUGUUUUAAGACCGCCCAAUUUCUAUUCUUUGUGUUCUUACAGAACAGAACCCUUCGCUUGGAUAAUGAAAGUUUGAGGAAACACUCGGAAGCUGUAACAAUCGAAAACUCGGAGUUAAGAGUCCGACUUGGUCUUACACCCCCCGUGUCACCAGCUCCAGUGUCUACAAAUUACCCACCAACCUCAGAAGCCAGUCCAGAUACUAAAUACAGUCCAGUUGUGAUCAAGAAAGAAGCAGAAUAUAACGAGUAUGCAUCACUCUCAGUUUCUCAGCAGCAGGAACGCCUGAUUCUGUUUCUUUCUCUGAUCACGACUUGGAUGAUGAUCAACAACAGGUAAUGGUGAUAUUUUUUUGAUUUUGUGGGUAAAAUUUAUUCUUAAACCUUAAGAGAGUGAAAGACUUGAUAGUGAAAUUAGUGGGAUAAUGUCUGAGGUGCUGAACUUUUUAUUACUUAGUUGUUAUCCACUGAAAAUUCACUUUAACUUAGAAAAGAGGCAAUAUCCUCAUUUGAUGUUACUAGGUAACGCUGGUCAUGUAAUGGAUUUUUGUUGAUGAGGAGAA